ACAGACUUCUUUGGUUUUCUCCAGAGAUUUUGGUUUGCUUGUAUUUGUUCGGAAAUCACUCAACAUUGAUGAAUUUCGUGAUUGUAGAGAAGAAAUCUUAAAAUUUCUGUGUAUUUUCUUAGAAAAAAUUGGCCAGAAGAUCAUGCCUUACUCUCUCGAUAUUAAGCAUACGUGUACCAGUGUUUAUACAAAAGAUAGAGCUGCUAAAUGUAAAAUUCCGGCCCUAGACCUUCUUAUUAAGUUACUUCAGACUUUGAGAAGUUCCGGACUCAUGGAUAAAUUGAAAAUUGGAGAAUUAUUUGGUAAAUUCUAUGGAGAACUUGCAAUGAAAACAAAAAUACCAGAUACAGUUUUAGAAAAAGUAUAUGAGCUCCUAGGAGUGUUAGGUGAAGUUCAUCCUAGUGAGAUGAUAAGUAAUUCAGAAAACCUGUUCCGGGCUUUUCUGGGUGAACUUAAGACCCAGAUGACUUCAACACUGAGAGAGCCCAAGCUACCUGUUGUGGCAGGGUGUCUGAAGGGGCUGUCCUCUCUUCUUUGUAACUUCACCAAGCCCAUGGAAGAAGAUCCUCAAACUUCAAGAGAGAUUUUUGAUUUUGCACUCAAGGCAAUUCGUCCUCAGAUUGAUCUGAAGAGAUACGCUGUGCCUUCAGCUGGCUUACGCUUAUUUGCCCUGCAUGCAUCUCAAUUUAGCACCUGCCUUCUGGACAACUACAUCGCUCUAUUUGACGUGCUGUCAAAGUGGUGUAGCCAUGCAAAUAUAGAAUUGAAAAAAGCUGCACAUUCAGCCUUGGAAUCUUUUCUGAAACAGGUUUCUUCUAUGGUGGCAAAAAAUGCAGAAAUGCAUAAGAGUAAGCUGCAGUACUUUAUGGAGCAGUUCUAUGGAAUCAUCAGAAAUGUGGAUUCGAACAGCAAGGAGUUAUCUAUUGCUAUCCGUGGAUAUGGACUUUUUGCAGGACCUUGCAAGGUUAUAAAUGCAAAAGAUGUUGACUUCAUGUAUGUCGAGCUCAUUCAGCGCUGUAAGCAGAUGUUCCUAACCCAGACAGACACUGUUGAAGAUCAUGUUUACCAGAUGCCAAGCUUCCUUCAAUCUAUUGGGAGUGUCUUGCUUUACCUUGACACAGUUCCAGAGGUGUAUACUCCAGUUCUUGAGCAUCUCAUGGUGGUACAGAUAGACAGUUUCCCACAGUAUAGUCCGAAAAUGCAGUCAGUGUGUUGCAGAGCCCUAGUGAAAGUUUUCCUAGCCUUAGCGGCAAAAGGGCCAGUCCUGUGGAACUGCAUUAGUACUGUGGUGCAUCAGGGUUUAAUCAGAAUAUGUUCUAAGCCAGUGAUCCUUCAAAAGGGUCCUGAGUCUGAAUCUGAAGACCAUCGUGUGUCGGGGGAAGUCAGAACUGGCAAAUGGAAAGUGCCCACAUACAAAGACUAUGUGGAUCUUUUCAGAAAUCUUCUGAGCUGUGACCAGAUGAUGGAUUCUAUUAUAGCUGAUGAAGCAUUUUUCUUUGUGAAUUCAUCCCUUCAAAGUCUGAAGCGUUUACUAUAUGAUGAAUUUGUAAAAUCUGUUUUGAAGAUUGUUGAGAAAUUGGAUCUUACGCUAGAAACACAGUCUUUUGAGGAACAACAGGAUGGAGAUGAGACUCCUGGUGUUUGGGUGAUUCCGACUUCAGAUCCAGUGGCUAACUUGCAUCCUGCUAAACCUCAAGAUUUUUCAGCUUUCAUUAACCUGGUGGAAUUUUGCAGACAGAUUCUCCCUGAAAAACAAGUAGAAUUUUUUGAACCAUGGGUAUACCCAUUUGCAUAUGAAUUAGUUUUGCAGUCUACACGGUCACCCCUCAUCAGUGGUUUCUACAAAUUGCUUUCUGUUGCAGUGAGAAAUGCCAAGAAAAUUAAAUAUUUUGAGGGUGUCAGUCCCAAGAGUCUGAAACGUUCUCCUGAGGACCCAGAAAAGUAUUCUUGCUUGGCUUUAUUUGUAAAGUUUGGUAAAGAGGUAUCAGUUAAAAUGAAGCAAUACAAAGAUGAACUUCUGGCCUCCUGUUUGACCUUUCUUCUGUCUCUGCCCCAUGACAUCAUUGAACUUGAUGUUAGAGCCUACAUUCCUGCAUUGCAGAUGUCUUUCAAACUGGGCCUGAGCUAUGCCCCACUGGCAGAAGUAGGCCUGAAUGCUUUAGAAGAAUGGUCAGUUUACAUCCCCAAACAUGUAAUUCAGCCUUAUUACAAAGACAUUCUCCCCUGCCUUGAUGGAUACCUGAAGACAUCAACCUUAUCAGAUGAGACUAAGAGUAACUGGGAGGUGUCAGCACUUUCUCGGGCUGCCCAGAAAGGAUUUAAUAAAGUUGUGUUAAAUCAUCUGAAGAAGACAAAGAACAUUUCAUCAAAUGAAUCACUAUCCUUAGAAGAAAUAAGAACUAGAGUAGUGCAAAUACUUGGAUCUCUAGGAGGACAAAUAAACAAAAAUCUUGUGACAGCUGCAUCCUCAGAUGACAUGAUGAAGAGAUGUGUGGCCUGGGACAGAGAGAAGAGACUGCGCUUUGCGGUGCCCUUCAGAGAGAUGAAGCCUGUCAUCUACCUGGAUGUGUUCUUGCCCCGGGUCACAGAAUUAGCACUCACAGCUAGUGACAGACAAACUAAAGUUGCGGCUUGUGAACUUUUGCAUAGCAUGGUUAUGUUUAUGCUGGGCAAAGCCAUACAAGUGCCUGAUGGGGGGCAGGGAGCCCCACCUAUGUACCAGCUUUUUAAGCGAACUUUUCCUGUGUUGCUUCGACUUGCGUGUGAUGUUGAUCAGGUGACAAGGCAGCUAUACGAACCACUAGUUAUGCAGCUGAUUCACUGGUUCACUAACAAUAAGAAAUUUGAAAGUCAAGAUACUGUUGCCUUACUAGAAACUAUACUGGAUGGGAUUGUGGACCCUGUUGACAGUACUUUGAGAGAUUUUUGUGGUCGAUGUAUUCGAGAAUUCCUCAAAUGGUCCAUUAAGCAAACAACACCACAGCAGCAGAAAAAGAGUCCAGUAAACACCAAAUCUCUUUUCAAGAGACUGUACAGCCUUGCACUGCACCCUAAUGCUUUCAAGAGGCUAGGAGCAUCACUUGCCUUUAAUAAUAUCUACAGAGAAUUCAGGUAUAUAAGUCACAUGACGGGCAAGAGUGUAAAAGGCGCUCUUGGAAUUUUAGUAGUGAUUUUGAAAAGAGCAAGCCAGAGCACAUACUCUUGUGGAAUGAACGAGCACCAGCCGCUUAUCCAGGCUGAAUACGGUCAGCAGGAAAACAGCAAACUCAUGGUUGUGGUCUUCGCCCACACUGGUUUUAUUGGCAGCUGUUCUCAGUGUCAGAUCUCG